AUGUGUUCAACACACCCAACCCUACCAUGUCCACCCACAAGUCCAUCUCGCCACGGCGCACCAGGGGUGUUGCUCGCCACCACCGACGAGGUCGAGCACGCGCUUGAAUCGACGAGACGCCGGCGCCGCUCCAAUGCGCCGUCUCCAGAGCCCGAGGAGCACAAGUGCCGACAGCAGAUGCAAGGCGGCAGGCUUCGUCCUGAACGCACGCCGACGCGUAGGGACCGGCAGCACCGACGGUCGCGCAUUCUCUCGUCAGUCGAGAGCCUUGGCGUGGCUCAGAGGGGCCUGAAUGAGCCGAGAAGCAGGCCGUGGCGGUCUUGCAAUGUUGCGGCGGGCGGUGGUUGGCGGAGGAGGGUGGGAGCUGAGCCGGGUCGUGGACUGCGAGGUGCAGGGGCGCGCGUUGCGCAGGCUCGGGUAGGGGCUGUUGGGGUUUCUGCGGGUAGGAUCGUGGUGGGAAUGAGGGAUCGGGCCGCGGCGGAGAUGAUGUGGACGAGGUUGCACUUGCAGGGUUUUCGGAGGUGCUGGGAGUCAGUUGAGACUAUAGGCGCUGCGAUCUUCCAUGCUUUGUGGGAGUCGAGGAGACGGGGAAUGGUCCUAAGGAGACCAAGGGAGGCAAGAAGAAGGAACAAUGGACGAUAG